GAUAAAUAUAUAAAAGGGAGAGAAACUCAAGGUUCUCCACUCGCAUCUCCAGACUUACGUUCUCACCGAACUUGACUUGCCUCCCUCCAUCUCGCCAAGAUGACUUUCUGCUACCAGAACCAGUGUGAGGAUUCCUGCUACUCCCCCUGCAACUACGGGACCGUGUACAGCUACCGGACCUACGACUGCGGGAGCCCCUGCGGCUACCGGGGCUACGGGAGCCUGUGCGGUUACCGGGACUGCUACCCCUCCUACAGCUCCCGUUACUGCUACCCCUACUCUUCUUGCUACACCCGUAGAUACAGCUAUGGGAGCUGCUACCCCUGCUACCCCUGCUAAAUCCAGCCACGUAACGACCAGAUAGGAAACAAAAGGCAAAAUAGCGAUUUAUGGCUCCUCUACGAAUUUUUACCUUUGCUAAGCUCCUGUGACAGCAGUUGCAGUUCAGGGGUGAUCCUGAGUGCUUAGCAUCGCUCUUCAAUCUCUGCAGCUAUUUCAGAUAACCUGCUUUUAGGGAAAACUCUUCCUUCAUAGCCUCUGUUGGUGGACAUACUGUGUGUUUCAAGGUGUAGCUUUGCAACAGGAGAUGCAGACCUGGAGCAGAUGCCUCGUCUAGCCACGUGCUGCACUGACAGCCCUGCUCUUCACCAAAUACCACCGUAGUCCCAAAAAGCAUCUGCUGUGAAAUGUAGUAACUCUUUGUUUAAAGAAUGUAUGAAUCUAUGGAUACUCCUAUUUUCUUCUACUGCAAUCUCUAUCUGUACAGUGCUUCUUACUCUCAUUAAAAGAUCUUGCAUCGCA